AUGUACGCAGGGAUGUGACGUCAUAAACAUGCGCCGCGGAGAUGAAAAUCAACAUUAGCAGCAUUUGAAGCUAGCGGAGAGCUUAUUUGGGAAGUUUGGAAAGAAACUCGGCUCUGCACAGUGGAUGAGGAGUUGUUCUCUGCUGCUUUCUAAGCGCCGCUGCUGCCACCAGGAUGGGCCAGCAGAUCUCAGGUCAGGCGGUGAUCAACCAUCUGCCUGAGAAGCUGGUGAAACAUGCUGGACUGGUGCGGGACAGUGGCUACCUAACCUACGAGGAGUUUCUGGCCAGGGUAGCUGAGCUUAAUGAAGUAACAGCCAAGCUAGCAGCUGGGCAGCAGAAGCACCUGCUGUUUGAAGUGCAGCCAGGAUCUGAUGCCUCUGCUCUGUGGAAGGUGGCUGUCAGGAUCGUCUGCACCAAGAUCAACAAGGACGACGGUGUGGUAGAGGCCUCUCGUAUCAUGAAUCUGUACCAGUUCCUCCAGCUGUACCGUGACAUCACCAGCCAGGCCGCCGAGGUGUUCUCUGCAGAAGGAGCCACAUCCGCCCAGCUGCCCUCCACAGACUCCUGCCAGGCCAGCAUGUGGAUGGGGAGAGUGAAGGAGCUGACAGACCAGGAGGAGUGCUGCAUCUGCAUGGAUGGCAAAGCCGACCUCAUCCUGCCCUGUGCUCACAGCUUCUGUCAGAAAUGCAUCGACAAAUGGAGUGGGCGGAGCCAAAACUGCCCAAUAUGCCGUCUGCAAGUGACCGCUGCCAACGACUCGUGGGUGAUGUCGGAUUUCCCCACGGAGCAGGACGUGGCCCGAUACAUCCUCAACCUGGCUGACGAGGCAGGUCACCCUCACAGGCCUUAACGCAGUCACAACCUGUGUGGCGUUCUUAUGGGAAAGCGGCCCAACGAGCACACCUCACACGCUGAAACACAGAGAGUCACUUUCACUGUGAGAACACGGUUCCUGGUGAGAAACACCAGGAGACAGCUGCAGGUUUUCAUGCUCUAUUCUCACACUAACUGUACCCAGACGUACAAACUCCCAGAAUGCUUUGUGUGAUCCAAAUAUUGGUGAUGCUGUGUUUGCUUUUGAGUGUCUGACUCAUUUUUUUAUCUGUAAAGAUAUAGUUUCAUGGAUGACAAAUAUUUAUAUAUAGAUACAGAAAUUGAAUAGCUUUUCUUUCACAUAAAACUAAAAGAAUAUUUCCUUCAGUACUGUGACAUUUAUGGGGAAAAAAUUCCAUGUUUGGAGGUUUUUUUGUUUGUUUUUAGCACUUCAAGGAAGUAAUCUUUGUUUAAAUGCAUGUUGCCUUUUAUUAAUGUGAACGGGAAAAAGCAGAAGGUCAGUAUUUUCUAUUCAGAGAUUUCCUCACUAAGACUCGUAUUCUAAAAUUUAAUAGAGUAGGUUGACAUUUUGAAAAUAAGCCUAUUAAUAUUUUAGCCUUUCCACACACACAACUGAACACAUCCUGGCUAUUUGUUAAAUCUGAAUCAAGGUUCUGUGCAGUUCUGUGUGGCCAUUUUUAAUUUAAAAAAUCUCCUUUUAGUUCCUGUUCUUGUUGAUUUUGAUCUAUGGCCUUCUUAAUCCCAGAGCAUCAUUGGGAAGCUACUCGGGGAAAAUGUUUGAAAUAGAAGUUGUAAAUCAACUUUUUUUGACUGUUUUUCUCUAUAAAUGGGGCUUUAAAAGUGC